AUGAUUGACCCAACAGCCCUCAAGCGUCAGUACGAUGAGCUCUGCAAAGCUGAAAGCAGCAAGGAUGAAAUUAUCGCGAGCCUCUUUGACUACAUUAAAGACCUUGAGCUGAAACUUGAAAGUGAGAGAGAUGAGGUUGAUGCCCAGAAGAGGGCUACCAUUUCGUACAGAGAUGAUAGUCGUCGGUAUCUGGCUGAGAGAGAUGCUUUAGUUUCUGACAAGCGUAAAUUGAGUUCCGUAUCUGUGUUAGUUGAUGGAGACGGGAUGAAUUUUUUGGAACGAUUCAUACAAGACGGCAAGAACGGCGGACAUGACGCCGCUCGAGCUCUGAUCCAUGCAGUUAAAGACCAUAUCAAACAGAUCGACCCUGAGGCCAGCCCGAACAUUAGCUACAAUAUCCGUGUGUAUGCCAAUGUGCUGGGCCUCACCAAAGUCUACCGGGAAGUCAAUAUCCUUAGGCCGGGCGAGGAUCUAUCUAAUUUUAUCCGCGGGUUCAAUAUGGAGAGCCCGCUGUGUGACUUUAUUGAUUCAGGUGAUGGGAAAGAGUGCGCUGAUGUCAAAAUCAAAGGCCUUUUCGACCAAGCCCUUAACAAUAUCCACUGCCAGCGCAUUAUAUUCUGCGCCUCCGCAGACAGCGGCUAUGCGCGUGUUCUGGGGCCCCAUCGCGGCUCGUCCCGUAUUUCCCUCGUCCAGGGGCCCCCGUUCCCCCGCGAGAUGGCCGAACUAGCCGCAACAUUUGAGAUAACAUCUUUCCCCGACGUCUUCAUGUCAUCCAAGAUCGAAAGACCCGUCAAGUUCCCGCCUCCCAUCGUCCAAGAGAUCCCAACCACAGCGGCGACGCCCUCACCCACGCCUGCCCCGGCUUCUGCUCCAGGCCCAGCUCCAGCUCCAGUCCCAGGCCCCGCACCUCUAUUAACAAACUGGGCCUCCGCCGCAAAGACCGCGCCCGCCACCCCACCGCCAUCAACCACAACCACAACCCCUAAAGCAAAGACCAAACCCCGCAUCCUCGUCUGCCUAAACGCCCGCAACCAGCGCGUCGACAGCCCCAUCAAGACCUCCUCCAAGGAAGGCGUCGCCGCGCUGAAGCGCCGCAAGUUCUGCAACCAGUACCACCUGCUCGGAUACUGCCAUAACCUCGCGACAUACGGGAGCUGCAACCACGAGCACGGCGCCGAGCUGAGCAAGCAGGAGCUAAAUGAUUUGAUGUACAUUGCGCGCUCGAGCCCGUGCUUUAAUGGGUUGAAUUGCCGCGACGUUGAUUGUAUUUCGGGCCAUCGGUGCGCGUAUGGCGAGUACUGCUUGCAUAAGGAGUGUAAAUUCCAUAGGGAUUUGCAUGUGGUUGAUACGGUUAUUGUGAGGACGCUGGAGGAUUGA